GUCACAGGGGACAAACUCUUUGUCUGUCCCCACCCCCCUUUAAAAUCUAAUUCUCCACCCACAAAAAGUCCAUUGGCUGAUUUAGCAGCUCUGUUGUGUUGGGAUGAAAAUUUCUCAUCAUCAUUUGCCCUAGUUCAUCAGGAUCAGUCUAUAGCUGGAAGGCUCAACACAGCAGACUCACUUUACAGCUAACAAUCCUGUCAGGUAUGGAGAUAUUUUUCAUUUGUCUAUUGUCAUAGAUGUAAUAUGUCCAUGCUUCAUACCUAUGGUAUUUUUAGUCAGCUGUUCAAUUUUAUUCCUGAAUUUGUUUCCUGAGUUUUUUUGUUCUCUGAAUGAAUUUCAUCGUUUGUAAUAUCAAUCACAUUGAUUGUUUUACAUCAUUAGGAUCAGAGGUGAAACCAUGAGGGUGCUGGUAGGUGUUGUAGUGUGCACCGUGGUGCUUCUACUGUCCCUAAGGAGCUGUGCUGCAGGUACUGCAAUGUUUAACAUACAUCCGACUGUGCUUAGAAACCCAGUGAGUGGUUUGUCUGUUUGUCUGUCACUUAAGCAAUCAAAAUUGUGUAAAACAGGAAUCUUGACAUGCAUGGGAUUCACCGUAACCUGGUCCCAGAUCUGUUUGUGCUCUUACCAAUGCUGUUAUUGUCUGGCUUUACAGCAAAACAUUCUAUUUUUAAUAACCUCUAAUGAGCUGGAGCAGAACAUAGCGGAUUUGUUUGGUAUGACAAUGAGUGACAAGGAGUUGGCAUCAGGGGCAGACAUAGCGAUUUGGGGGCCCGUUUCAAAAUUCUGUUGAGGGGCCCCCUAACACCCAAAGGAGACAUUUACCCCAUAAAUGUACUGCUUGAUUAUUAUUAUCCCACAAUUAAAAAUGAAACGUAUAGGUCCUAUAAAGAUGGUGAAUGAGUGUCUCACUGACAUUUGUGUGAAAAAUAUAUAACCAAAAUAGUCCAAAAUCAGUCAGUGUGGGGACCUUGGGCAGCUGGGGUCCAUUUCAUCUGAAACCUAUGAAACAUAGUUAAGUCCACCUAUUGUUGGCAUGAUAACACAAACAGACUGGGACUCAGGCUAAAUUCAUGUGAAAACAUGAGAAAGUGUAAAUUGACAGACAGUAUCUGUACUUUAGAUGAUUUUCUUUAGCCGUUUGACCAGUCGUUGCACUUGUGUCCCUGUCUGGUGGCAGUGUGGCAGUGUGACAGUGAAUAUGCUCAUUUUGGUGCCAGACUCUUCAUGUCCUCUCUGCUUGACGUGGUAUAGUUUCUCAGGCCUUAACGAGUCAUAAAUGGGGAGACUGUCAGCUGGGCAUAGCAUCAAAGUGAGGGUUCGCAUCCUGUCUGGCACACACACCAUACCCCACUCAGAUAGAAAAAGAAGAGAGCCAGUUGACACGCUCACAAAAAUGGUAAUAAAUCAAUUCAAUGCAACAAACAAGGAGCCUUGUGUUUAAGUGUAGCCAAAUAGUGACAGGGCCAUUGAGAGCUUGUAUGUGUGUCAUAUUUUGAAUAGGAGGAGCUGAUGUGUGUGUCAGGAUCGCCCUAUGGCUUUUGAUACUCUUUGACUGCCCUCCCACCCCACAGUGCCAUUGCUUUGUGAUGGCUUGUAUUAACUCACUAACUGGUUUAUGGCUGUAAAUAGAUCUUGGGGGUUUUGAACAUUUUCAAGAGAGAAAGGAGAGUGGCCAGAUCUCUGGGAUGCCGGAAACCAGUGGUGAUGAGUAAGAAGGCAUCAAUGCACCCCCACAUUCACCUCUCACUAUCUGCAAAGGGGUCACUGACUCAGGGUAUAAUGGCUAAAGAUGGCCACAGCACAAAGAGCUCUUUGAUUCAGUCUGCUAAAUUUGGAAGGCACUCCAAUUGCACUCAGAGUGAAAGAAAAACUCAGAGAUGUUGAACCAGUGGGACUGGAAAGACGCUUUGGCAAUACCUCAAUGCCGAUGGAGAAGGUCUGCUAAAGCCUGCUGCCGGUUCCCUCUCCUCUGUCUCUUCAAUGUGUCAGCAUGUAUGUUGUUGUCCUCAUGUGUAUAUGCCUUUAUUCAAUUGGAAUGAUGUAUUGAUGCAUUGAUGCACUUAGAAAGCACUCAAAAUGUUCCACUGUUGGAGAUGCUGCGAAUCCUAAUUGAUUUAACUAAAGAUGUCAUUGGACAUGUUCAAAUACAACUUCAUUUGAAUGUGGGUGCUCUGAAUCAAGAGUACCUCUAUAUCUCACUAAUAUCUAUUUUUCCCUUAUCAGUGCGACCAGACUUGACAAUCACUACAAUAAAGGUAAUUAGAUACCUGUUUCUGACACUCUACUUUAUUGCCUGAAAGCAUUUUUUACUCAAAUUCAAAUCAUUUGCUGCUGUAUAAAUAUGAUUAAAUUGGAACGGUUCCUUUGUGUCCAAUCUUUCAGCAAGAUCCAUACACAAUGUCCAAAGGCUCACAGCUGGAAGGGUACUGCAUGGACCUGCUGUCUGAACUGGCCAAGAAACUGGGCUUCAAAUACAAUGUGCACCUGGUGAAAGAUGGGUCCUAUGGCAGGCAGGAUGAGAGUGGGGCCUGGAAUGGGAUGAUUGGAGAGGUGGUGAGAGGGGUGAGGAAAGCUCACAAGUUCAUAGAUAAGUGAUUACAGUGCAGAAAAUCUACUUACACAUCUGCUUAUGAUUGAUACUGUACAGAUGUGACUAUAACCAUGUGUGAUGUUGUUAAUGCAGAUAAAAAGCAAAUGUAUAACAUGUGCUAGUCUAUAAAAUAUGAAUAUAUAUUCUUAUCCCUGUAGGAGGCAGACCUAGCGAUUGCUCCUUUGACCCUCACUGCUGCCCGGGAGAAGGCUGUGGGGAUGACCAAACCCUUCAUGCAGACAGGCAUCAGUAUUCUCCUGAGGAAAGACAUCUCAGUAGAGGCUGGUUUCUUUGACUUCCUGACUCCCUUCUCAGUAGAGACCUGGGUGGGGAUCCUCGUUGCAUACCUGGGGACUGCUAUCUGCAUCUGUGUAGUAGCCAGGUGAGUUGUUAUUAUGAUGAAGUUUCAUCAGAAAAUACAUUUAUCGUGUGCCUGACAGGAGCCUUUUACAAGUAGAAUUUAAAGACUGUUACACAAAACUUUUUCAACACAGACUCAGCCCAUGUGAGUGGAGUCAACCCCAGACUGAGAAAAACAGCUUCACUCUCAGCCAUAGUCUGUGGUACACCGCUGGAGCCCUCACUCUACAGGGUAACUAACAGGGAUUUAACCAGGCAUUUCAACCAAUAGCUUACCCACACCAGUACAACACAAGAGCUUUAUAUGGGUCUGUUGUCUGGUGUUCUGAUUUAGUAUUCUUUUAUCUUAUUCUCAGGUGCCGGUCCACACCCCAAAGCUUUAUCAGGACGCAUCAUCUGCUGCACCUGGUGGUUGUUUGGUCUGGUCCUCUUGGCCUGCUAUUUCUCCAACCUCAGCACCUCUCAGGGCUCAGACUCCAAUUCACUGAUGGUGAAAGGGUUUGAGGACUUGGCCAACCAGCAAGGGAUUGAGUAUGGGACCCUGUCUAGCUCCUCUACGCUUGCCUUCUUCAAGGUGAGGCCAGUGCACCCCAUCCCCUCCUAUACCCCUCUUUUUCCCUUCACUCUUUGCGCUCAAAGGAAUUAGGCUCACGUGUCAGUGUCUCAAUUCUGUCAGUUCUCUCAGCAGCAUACUGACUUUCUCUUCCUCUCUGUCCAUGGUUUUUAUUUUCCUUGGUGUAGAACUCUAACAACCCAACCUACCGCAGGAUCUAUGAGCACAUGGAAAGAACCAAGAGUUUUGUGUUGUCAAUGGAUGAGGGUGUUCGCCGGGCAAAGGAGGGCAACUUUGCCUUCAUUGGCGAGUCUGUGUCACUGGACUUGGCGGUGGCACGUCACUGUGAGCUGAUCCGUGUCCAUGAGGUCAUCGGCAUGAGAGGGUACAGCAUCGCAGGCACCCUGGGUGAGCCAUGUAGUCUAGGCCGAUAGUAAGAUCUCAUGCAACACAUAUUGACUGAAACUUCUAAAAACAGUUCCUGUAAUCAAAAUAGCAAGGCACCCAGAUAGUCAUGCGAUCCAAAUAUUGGCUUAUGGCUGAUCUUAUGACCAUAUGACAAGCCAGAUAACUUGCAAAUUGUACUGUUUGUGUCAUCCAGGCUCUCCCAUGCUGAAGAACCUGAGUGUGGCCAUCCUGCAGCUGAGUGAGGCAGGGGAGUUGGCCUACCUGCGCAGUAAGUGGUGGGCCAGCAGCUGCAUGGCAGACCCAGCCAAGGCCUCCCCCCUGCAGCCCCACAGCCUGAAGGGCAUGUUCCUGGUGCUGGCCCUGGGGCUGGGGCUGGGGGUGCUGCUGGCUGUCCUGGAGCUCACCGCCAAGUCCCGGAGCAGUGCUGGGGAGCAGAGGGUGAGCUAGUCACUGUUGGUUUAACAGUGGUGCAUUGUGUGAAUAUUUCAUAUGGAUGGAUAAGCAGAUAUCCUGGUCAAGAUCUCUCUAAAUAUCCAUACAAUUUUCUCCCCACAGAAAUCAUGUUGCACAGUGUUGUCUGAAGAACUGAGUCAGCGUUUGAGGACCACCACCACCAAUGAGAAGAGAAGCGAGGAAACCGCAGACAAAGAAAACGCAUGAGGAGACAUGAUAGUAUACGCUAAUAUAUACGGCCUAACAAAGCAAAUGUCUCUAUGCAGGUCUUGACAUGAGUCAUGGCCUGUAUACUUAUUUGAAUUUUCAAUACUAUCUAGCACAGUGAGACAGAGUGUAUCAGAAGGGCUUCCAGACUGUUACAUGAUAUAUGUUAAUUAACAGUGAUACAUAACAUACUGAAGUCAAUUAACAAUACUACUAAAGUAUUAUGUUUAAAAAUAAAUAUCUGAUAGCAGAGCAUUUUACUGAGAAAACCAACACGUAUAUUUACUGUUACAAAACAUGUAAUGUGUACUGAUUUAGAAAUAUUUAAGGGAAGUGCAAAAAUAGAAAUUAAACAUGAAGAUCCAAGUCAAGUCAUCUGUAAAUUAUGAAAAAUCCUCAGUUUCAAAGAGUUUACAUUUCAGUACUUUUUUUUACAUUUACGUCAUUUAG